AUGGCUUUUCGACCAACAUCCGCUCGCUUCCUAGAGCUCACACGCGGUUUGCUUCACGAGAACCCUCUGGGUCUUCCGCGAUCAGGGACACCGCCUACAUGGGGAAAACGACCGCAGAAACGAAAGAUUAACGGCGUUGACAAGGUCAUCGCAGUGUCCUCGGCUAAAGGCGGAGUCGGCAAGAGCACAAUUGCUGACAACCAGCUCGUGCCAUUGACCAACUAUGGCGUAAAGACCAUGUCCAUGGGGUACCUGGUUGGUGAGAAUGCCCCGGUAGUCUGGCGCGGGCCAAUGGUCAUGAAAGCUGUGCAGCAGCUCUUGCAUGAGGUUGACUGGGGAGGUCUGGACAUGCUUGUCCUGGAUCUUCCUCCAGGAACUGGCGACACACAGCUCACCAUCACACAGCAAGUCAUCCUCGAUGGCGCUGUCAUAGUUACCACGCCGCAUACGCUGGCGACCAAGGACGCCGUCAAGGGUAUCAACAUGUUCAAGACGGUGGACGUCGACAUCCUCGGGCUGGUUCACAACAUGUCACUAUUCAAGUGCCCGCAUUGCAACGGCGAGACGCACGUAUUCGGCUCGAACGAAAGAGUCGAGCGAAUGUGCAACGACCACCGCAUUGACUUUUUGGGUGACAUCCCGCUCCAUCCCAACAUUGGUGAUGAUGGCGAGAGAGGCAAGCCAACGGUUGUUGCAGAGCCUACGAGCGAGCGAGCGUCAGCGUUUCUGAACAUUGCCGGGGAUGUCAUGGCCAAAGUCGGCUUGAAAACUGGGUAG